CUCCUCUUUCUGCUGACACAGAGCAGCUAUGUUCACCAAGAGGAUUUAGCUUUUAGCAUCAGCUGUUAGCCAUCCGUAUCUUCACUGAGAAGACGAGUUUCAGUGGUGAGCCCGUCCUGACCACCACCAACUUCUGGCAUCCACCACUUACCCCCACCACCACUAUCACUGCUGCUGCAGGAUGGGAUGGGCUGGGGCUGGGUGAGUUAGCCACAGGCUGGAGGGUUAGCAACAGGGCAGGCGAUGCUAGAUAGUAAAGGACGAGAACAAGGAGGAGGUGGAGGCGGGUGCUGGAGGGGCAAGCAGAAUCGGAGGAAGGGAGGCAGCCGUUCAGUCAUCCCGGCACUCUUCACUAUCACUGAGGAAGAGGAGGGGCAAAGACGGAAGGAUGCUCGCAGCAGGAAGAAAAAAGCGUCUUACUCCCAGUUUAAAUCUGAGGAUGACAGAGUGUCUUCAGCCACCCGCCCCAGCUCUGCGGGCUCCGGGCAGACCUACACUCCCACCCUGACCUCCACUCCCACCCCUACCCCAACUCGCACCACCACCAGCAACAGCCCCAGUAACAAUGCUGGCACCAAAACAGACUCAUUGCUCUUCAACAAGAUUGACGAGAGACAGAGGAUGGCCCGUGAGCGCCGAGGGGAGCGCGAGAAACAGAAUGCUAUUAAAGAGGCCCAGUGGCAGGCACGUGAGGAGCGAGCCAAGCACUACUACGAGAAGCAACUAGAAGAGAGGAGAAGAAAGCUAGAGGAGCAGAGGAUAAAGGAGGACAAGAGACGGGCUGCUGUUGAGGAGAAACGACGGCAGAAACUGGAGGAAGAUAAGGCCCGUCAUGAGGCUGUGAUGCGACGGACGUUGGAGAGGAGCCAGAGAGCCAGACAGAAGCCCAACCGCUGGUCUUGGGGAGGGGCGCUCCACACCAACACUCCCAGCACACCAGCUGGUUUUGUCGAGUCGGCUUUCCUCUAUCCACUCGACCUUGCCGGACUGGAGCACAUGCAGAGUGCUUUCAGUCUCUACCGCAGAUACGGAGUGACCUCCCAAUAUACUGACAGGCGGUCAGUGUCCACGAUGAAUUUAUCCAAACACACAGACCCUGUUAUUACCAAACGCCUCUCCUCAUCCUCUGCCACACUCCUACAUUCACCAGACCGAGGCUUACAGAUGAGAACAGCCUCCUCCCCUGUCAUUAGCAAAUCCAAACCCCGCCUACACCUCGGAAAGACCCUGCACAAAAACACAGGCCUGCGCCGUCUUCCAUUGACGCCAUGGGAGAGCAACGUGGUGAACCGUCUGCAGCAGCCAACACACUCCUACUUGGCUCGUAGCCGCAGUGCCAUGAGUCUGUCUGGUGAGCAAGCAGUCAUGCCUGUGUGUCCUCGCUCAGUGUCCUGCCACCCCAUGGGCUCCAUGUCCUUUAAGGCCCUGCAGACUCAGCCACUUCCUCACUGCCGCAGCCAUGAGAGGAACCUCAGCAGGGAGACAGCCUCAUCUUCCUCCAAGACUGGCCGAAGGAAGACCACCGGCACCACACAGUUCAAGGGCCGCGAUGAGGUCAGGAAGUCAUGGAGCAACCUGUCCCUUCCAUUGACUCCUCUUCUGACUUUGCCCCCCAACAAGCACUCUCCUUCAGGCAAGAAGAACAGCAAAGUGACAGCACCCUCUCCUGGCAGACCUCCACAAAAGUCAUUAGGCCGACCCCCAACCCCAAAGCUGCUUAAGUCUCCAGCGGCAGAGGACCCCGGAAAUCUUCGUCCAGUCAGAAUCACACCCGAGAGCCCCCAGCCCACCAGAGCUCAAGGAGAGGAGGAGGAAGAGCAGGCCCUCAGUCCUCCUCAGCCUCGACCUCAGCCACUUGGUCAGAACAAGCCCAGUAGUGAACAGAUGCCAGCAGCAGUCAAUGAGAGUAUAAGCAGUCCUCCUGCCUACAAGCCCACUGCAGGAACCACAGAUCCAGAGGAGGCGAGUCGUAUCCUGGCUGAGAAUCGUCGGCUGGCCCGCGAGCAGAGGGAGAGAGAGGAAGAGGAGCGCAGGCAACAGGAGGAGCAGGCGAGGAUAGCGAAGGAGGAGAUGGCCCGACGUAAGGCCGAGGAGCGAGCAAGGAGAGAGGAGGAGGCUCAGCGCCAGGCAGAGGAGAGGAGAAUGAAGGAGGAGCAGGAGAGACAGGAAGAGGAAGCGAGACUUCAGAAAGAGAGAGAGGAGGCAGAGAGACUCCAGAAACAGAAAGAGGAGGAAGAGUCUCGACAAAGAGAGGAAGCGGAGCGACUGAGACAGGAGAGAGAGAAACACUUCCAAAAAGAGGAGGCUGAACGCAUGGAGAGGAAAAAGCGUCUUGAGGAGAUCAUGAAGAGAACAAGACGUUCAGACACAGGAGAGAAGAAAGUUGUUCCUAGUGGGAAUGAAGACAAUGCAGCAUCAUCAGCUGCUCCUAGUCCAUCUGCAGUGACUGUGUCACUGACUGAGGGCAGCAACAGCAGCAUUCACCAGUCUGACCCUAACCCAAACCCCAACUCCACACUACUGAGCCAUCCAGACCAGAGGGAGAAUGGGGAGUUUGAAGAGGUGAUUGUACUGCCUUCACAUUCCAGGCUGUCUCCUCCUGAGGGAGAGGAGCAGCAGGAGGAGGGGGAGGAAAGAGUUCCUGUCAUAGCCUUCAGGGAGAAUGGUCUCCUAAAGCCUCUAAGUGGAAUAGAAGAUAUAUCAGCCCAGCAGGGACCAGAUGUUGCCUGAUGCCCUAUGUGACGGAGAUGAUUCCACGCCCAGAGAGACAGGACUGAGAUGGUCAGAGAGAGGUAACACAGAGCUGUUCGACAGAAGGACUCGCAGCAUCACAGCCAAGACCCUUCCGGAGGUUUACUUUGACACCCUCUUGCAACAGAAGAGCACCGCAGCCUCUUCCCAAAGAUGCUGUUUCCAAGCUCUCCCUGAAAGCAUCUCCAGAGAGAAGUUACUUGUCCCUCAACAAAAGCUCUGGGGAAUAAGAUCUGCCUCUCUGCCUCUGAUCAUGAUAGCACUCAGCCAUAAUUUUCUUUAUACGGCCCCAACUACUCCUUAUUCUGAAGUGAAUGUCCUGAAAUCACAAUAGUGUGUGUGUGUGUGUGUGUGUGUGUGUGUGUGUGUGUGUGUCUGCCUGCAUGUCAAUGAGAGAUUAAUAAUGUAAACAGAGAUCAGGUGUUAAGUCUUCAGCCAUGAUACUUGAACAGUUUUUUUUUUUCUCAUGGCUGCAGAACGCACUGUAAUCAGCGAUGUUAUAACCAGAACUCACACUACAAGGUUUCAGUUUCAAAGUGUUUGCUCUCUUUGACUGGAACUUAUAAUAAUUCUCAUGUUUCAACAUUUCUAUUGAAAUGUCCCAGAAGAGAUGGGAUGUAGGAGUGAUAUCAGAGCAUGAAGUUGUAUUAAGAUGAAAGUGUCAUGUAAUAUGUUUUUGCUGUGUCCACGGUGUUUAUGAUUUGAGGUUAUUAUUGGGGUGAGGCAGGGGCGUUGGAGCAUCUUCGGGUUUAAGUUAAAUAAUGAGAAAAUGAAAAUACUGUUCUCAGACCGCUGAGAAUUAGGGUGUAAACUACUGAUGAUUUUUUUUUGUUUAGUUUUAUUUAAUUGUUGUACAGAUAAAAUGUGAUUCUUUGUUUCAUCCUCAUCCUGUCUUCGCUUUCUGUUCAACUUGAGAAAAAAAAAAAUCUGCUUUGAUGUUAAGCCCUGCCCUUUCAUUUGUUGACCCCAUCAAUGCUGCUUCCCAUGUCCUGUGAGGCUGUAGCUCAGUGAGCAGUGUUGGAGGAUUCCGCUUUAGCUUAGCUGCCUUGUGUCGGAGGGUUAACCUUUGUUUUGUCCCAAGUACAAAAUGGAUUAAAAUAAUUUACUGGUCAUGCUGUUAAUUCUAAAGUUUUCUUGAUGAUGAAGGAUUUAAGAAGAAAUGCUGCUAAUUUUGAUUUUCCUUUGCCUUACCGCAUUGUACGAAGAAUGAGGCGACUUAUUGGUUGUCAUUCUUCAAAGAAGAUAUGCGUUCCCAGUGUGAGCUUUGACAUCCUGGUUUCACACCCAAAAUCUCCAGUGGCUUCCUUUUCUUGAUUUAUGUUUGAAGUAUGAAAGAUUAUUAUGAAGUGUUGCCGGUCUGUCUGUUAUAUCAUGUAAGAGCUAUAAUGUCAUAAAAAUUGGUUGUUCAUACAGCAUUUCAGGACAUAAAGACUUGAGAGAUUCGAGUAAAACACUGGAACCCAAUCAUAGUUACACACCUUUAUCACUCGACCCUCAGUAGUUUUGAUUCUGAAACAUUUGCACUUAGUUUUCUUUUGUUCAAGUCUUGCUGUAGCACCAAAGUGGAAGGAAACUUCAGAAAGACUACUCGUGGCUUGGUUCUGCUGUGCUGGUCUCUGCCAGUAUUACAAAGCACACCGUUAUCAACAUGGUGAGUUGGCAUUUGUAAACGACAUUACACAGAGAUAUCCUAUAAAUUAUGGUUAAAAGUCAAUAUAUUUUACUAAGGCUGACCACAAGGCUUUCCUUUAGAAGAAGGGCUGCGGGAUGAGAUCUUUGAACCACUGUAAAAGUGAAACUGCUGUACAGCUGUUGAAGCCGUACUGUUUGGCAAGUAAAUAAAACUUUUUGGAUCGAUUACCUGUU